UUCGUAUCACAAUCGCAACUACGAACGGCAACUCGUCAGAGGCACUUUUAGUGGCGUUUGACAACGAAUUUUGAAAUUAGUAAGUUGUUUACGCUAUGUAAAAGGUGUGCAACCGUCCGGCAGCCCCCUUUUGAUCGAAUCCUUCUACUAGGUGUGUGUCAGUGACUGUAUUUACAAACACUAAAGACGACGGUAUCGGCGAUUUCAACCUCAACCGGACUAGGGUCUACAAUGGCAGCCAGCGAUUCAGCAGGCGACGAUUCCUUGUACCCCAUCGCCGUCCUAAUCGACGAGCUCAAAAACGAGGAUGUCCAGCUCCGACUCAACUCCAUCAAGAAGCUCUCCACGAUCGCAUUGGCCCUGGGGGUGGAGCGCACCCGCUCCGAGCUCAUCCCCUUCCUCACGGAGACCAUCUACGACGAGGACGAGGUGCUCCUAGCCCUUGCCGAGCAACUGGGGAGUUUCAUCACGUUAGUUGGCGGGCCUGAAUACGCCUACUGUCUUUUACCGCCGCUUGAGAGCCUGGCCACUGUUGAGGAAACAGUCGUCAGGGACAAGGCAGUGGAGUCGUUGAGGGCGGUGGCGCAGCAACACAGCCCAGCUGAUUUAGAAAACCACUUUGUGCCCCUAGUCCAGAGACUGUCAGCAGGGGAUUGGUUUACUUCGCGGACUUCGGCAUGUGGGCUAUUCUCCGUUUGUUACCCCCGCGUGUCGGCUCAAAUGAAGGCGGAUUUGCGCUCGCAUUUUCGGGCUUUGUGUCAGGACGACACGCCGAUGGUUAGGCGAGCUGCCGCCACGAAAUUAGGCGAAUUGGCACAAGUCGUCGAGUUGGAGUAUUUAAAAACCGAUUUAAUUCCGAUGUUUUUGAGUCUGACCCAAGAUGAACAAGAUUCAGUUAGGCUUUUGGCAGUUGAGGCUUGUGUCAGUUUUGCCUCACUUUUUCAACAAGAGGAUAUCGAGAUGUUUGUGAUGCCGACUGUUAGGAAUUGCACCGGUGAUACAUCAUGGCGUGUGCGCUACAUGGUUGCGGACAAAUUCACCGAUUUGCAAAAGGCCGUAGGACCAGAAAUCACCCGAACCGAUUUAGUCCCCGCCUUUCAGAACCUCCUCAAGGACACUGAAGCCGAAGUUCGGGCCGCAGCCGCCAAUAAAGUCAAAGAUUUCUGUCAAAACUUGGACAAAGCUCAUCAGGAGAGCAUCAUUAUGAACAAUAUCCUUCCCUGCGUUAAAGAACUCGUCGCCGAUCCUAACCAACAUGUCAAGUCGGCCUUGGCUUCGGUGAUAAUGGGCCUGAGCCCUAUUCUCGGCCGUCACAAUACUAUCGAACAUCUCCUUCCUUUGUUUUUGACUCAAUUGAAAGACGAAUGUCCUGAAGUUCGCUUGAAUAUCAUCUCGAAUCUAGAUUGCGUGAAUGAGGUCAUAGGAAUCCAGCAAUUGUCUCAGAGUUUAUUGCCGGCCAUCGUCGAAUUGGCCGAGGAUUCAAAAUGGCGCGUCCGUUCGGCCAUCAUCGAAUACAUGCCAUUGUUGGCUGGCCAAUUGGGACGCGAGUUUUUCGAUGAGAAAUUAAACGCACUGUGCAUGACUUGGUUGAUGGAUCAUGUGUUCGCUAUUCGUGAAGCGGCAACUUUGAAUUUGAGGAAGUUGGUGGAUCAGUUUGGGGCUGAAUGGGCCGAAACCACGAUCAUUCCGAAGGUUUUGGCAAUGUCCCGUGACCAGAAUUAUUUGUAUAGGAUGACUUGUCUGUUUUGCAUCAAUGUGUUGGCAGAGGCCUGCGGUAGCGAUAUUACGACGCGAUUGUUGUUACCAACUGUUCUGAGUAUGGCGAAUGAUAAAGUCGCCAAUGUAAGGUUUAACGUCGCUAAAACGUUACAAAAAAUCGCACCGCAGUUGGACCAAGCGGUCAUCCAGCCCCAAGUUAAGCCUGUUUUAGACAAAUUAACAGCGGAUAGCGAUAUCGAUGUCAAGUAUUCGGCGUCCGAAGCCAUCGCUGGGAUUGCUGCGUUAGGUUGAAGAGGCGUUUGCGCAAGAGCUGAAAAAAAGUGAAAGGAUCUGAAAAUAUACAUACAACAUAAUAAAUUAAUCUCGUAGAUUGUAAUAUUAUAUAUUUGUUGUGCUCCAUAUGAUUUAAAACAAUGUGUAAUAUAGCGUCUUUAGAAAAAAAACCUAUAAAAACCUGUUCACUAUUUCGUCACUUUAUCCUUUUUAUACUUUACUUUUUUUGUAAUUGUUUUCGAAGCGUUUUUUAGUUAAUUGUUUUAGUAUUACAUGAUAAGGAAACUCGGCCCUGAUCCGGUUUCGGAUUAGUUUUACUCUUCUUUUGUAUUAAUUAAAGAAUAAACAAUUUCAAACACA